GUCGCCCGGAGACGUCGCCGCGAUGCACCUGACACCUUCGCUGUCUCGCAACGGACGGCUGUCGACGACGAUGAAUUAGGAGCUGCCAGCUCAAGUGCGCGAAUACGAAAAUCAAGAGAGAAGAAGAGAGAUGUGCGUUAUGCGGAGAGGAAGUCUAUCUGGUGGAACAUGAUCGCCGUCAGACGUCCCGUGACUUCCGUCGGAAUUUUCGGCGUUCGCGUAUAGCCGAACUGGAAGGAACUUAAAACCGCGUUUCGAGUGAAUCUAAAUAAAGAACUAUGCAGCGCGGCGGCUGAGGCGCGGGGCGCGGUGCCUCGCCGCACGGGAUAUGCGAGAGUGAGUAAGAAUGGUACAGCGAGCCGCAUGCAGCAGCGAGACGAGCGCAUCCCUCAAUGGCGUGCGGAACGGCGAGCGCGAAGGAGAAACGUCCGGCGUCGGCGUCGCGACGGAUGCGGUGGUAGCGCGAGGUGCCGUUACGGACGGCGAGGUUACGGCUUCCCUCACGCGCGGCAGCGGCGGCAGAUUCUCCCUGUUCAGGUGGUUCAAGCGUAAUCGCGACUCAACCGUGGAGAAAGAACGGCGAGCGAGCGCGAGGCCGAACGAUGACAGCGUCGUUCGACGUCGCAGCAGCGUCUACUCCAGCGCGGAAAGCGUAGACACCUUCUACAGCACGACGACGGUGCGCAGUUUCGCGUUUCACGCGGGAACUCUCGGCCGUUGCGACGUGCUGUCGCUGGACAUCCUUAAUCAGGCCGCCGAGGUCGGCCCGUUCGCCGCCGGAGCCUCGAAGGUGUCCGUGGGCAACAAAGAGAACGACGCGUCGGCGGCGGUCGCCAGCACGCUACCGACGAACGUGCACUCCAGGAGGCGAGACAUCACUGCCAGAUACUCGCUGCACCCGUCGACGACCUUCGGCUCGUGCGGAAAUUUUCCGACGCCCGGGUUAUCGAGCGCAUCGAGAAGACACGACGAGCGCGCGAGGACCGGUUGCAAUGGAUCUGCGCGGCGGCGGGUUCACGUGAAGGGAAAACGUAAAGCGCCCAACCCUCCCGGCGCGGUGGUCAAGGUCGCGGAGGUCGAUGCACGCGAAACGUCCGCGAGGCACAGCGGCAGACGAAAACGGCGGGCGCCGCGACCGCCCCUGGAAAAUCGUUCCGCCGAAGAGCAGUCGGGACUGCUCAUCACCAAUGGCGGUAACAUGGAGAUAGAGGAGCGGAAGAAUGCCGACGAGGGACAAUCGAUCAGUAACGACACACUAGUUCUUCAGGGUGGUAUGCUGCUGUCGAAAAAGGAAGUUGGCAACAAGGAACUUUUAAAGGCCGCGAAGAAGGACGACGCCGGAACGUCCAGCGUGACAGUUCAUCAGGAAAGAGCGCACAGUCCCAUCGGCGGAACUCUGAGCGCAGCCAUGCCGCGACCUUGGUACAAGCGCAGCGUUUUCGAGCACUCCCGUGACUCCGGCUCGUCGAAAAGAGGCGCUUUUCGCAGCCCUGCGACGUCCGUUGAAACGAAGGAAGAAUGCAUCGGCACGAACAUGACUGCUACCGCGAAUUAUUCCGUCGACGCUUCUCUGUCGAGAUUAAAUUUUUUCCAUCGCGGAGAGCGACAUAGCGACGACAGAAAGCGACAGGAGGCUAAACGAAAGUCCGGCCUGUCCAUCCUGACGAACAUCAGCGAGCUGGAUAAGGAAGCGGCGGCGAUCGUGCAGGAAGAGCAGGCGAGAACGAGAGCGUCGAUGUUGUUGAAAUCGUCACAAUUCGCCGACGCCUUCGAGAAGAGCGAUGACGUCAACGAGGAGAUUGUACAGGACAUCGUUACCUCGGCGAUGGAGAGCUCGUCGCCGCGACGGGGCACGCGUGCGCUGAUCUCAAAAUUCAAUGCCAUCAGCAACAUCACCAAGGUCACGGUCAAUGCCAACUUCUUUGCGCGAAGAGAUCAGCCGGGUUGCAGACUCGAUCGAGACGCGGCGAGAAACAGCAGAUUCGAGCAGAUCGGAGAUUGGAGAAACCAGAGGUUCUCGAUGCAGCAGGAUCUCGGCCAAAACGUGCGCGUUGACAAAGACAUCUCCAGAUAUUUUUUGCCACAGCAGAGACCAUCGAGAAGUAAAACUGAGGCAGCACACGCGGACGUGAAGCCGACAAACAUAAAAAUUGCGAUCAAGGAGCAGAACGAUCAGCUGAUGCAAGACACGUCUAAUAGAAUAUCUCUUUUGCAAAGCCAGCUCGCUGCAAAUCGGGCGAACGAGAAGAUUCAGAAGGACAUCAUAUCGCCGGUAACUGAAGAGAAAAUAAGAUCGCGACAAGAAAUCAGAAGAGAAAAGAAGGAGAAAGAAUCGCCGAGAUUAAACAGCGAAAUUAGUAGAAAAUUUUUGCUCUCCCGUGCUCGUAAUUUAGCUGAAAGCACGGAAAACGCGUUAGGUCUUCUUCGAGAGAAGACGGAGCGAGAUGGCGAACGGCCGGAGGGAACGCAGAAGGAAUUCUCCGACAUCUUCGACGAGAUCGACCGGCAGCUGCGCUCAAGAGAGUUCAAGCUGAUUGAGCGAAGACCAGCAGUCGAAUCCGACAGAGCCAAAGUUCCGAAGGAUGAAGCUACGUCGAGUAAAGUGGCCAAAGUGCUCGAUAUCCUGGUGGAAGCCGAGAAGGAUGGCAAGACAAGAUCAGCGAUACAAUCUGCACGAUCGAUACCGGGCAAGGAAGCCUCGCGUUUGAUUGACUCGGAUCAGAAGGCGAAGUCUAGUAAGACAAAAUCAACCGUCCUCAAUACCGUCGAGGACCCAAUUACCGCGGAUUUGAAGGAGAUGCUGAAGGAGAUGAAGCACUCGUUACCGAAGCGGCCGAAACCGAAGAAGGUUACGUCAAAUGACGGCGACAUUCUCGAAAAGGUUGAGAAACGCUCGCCCGUAUCUGCGAACAAGACGUACGUCGCGUCGGUCACGUCGACGAGGACGGAUGCAACGUCAUUGAACGAUUACGAGGCGGAUAAGCAAAAGGUGUCCUCGUCCGUGCAAACCAGUGGAAACAUUCGUAGAUUGAAUCAGCCUUCUACUUCCGCAGAACGACCAUCUACAUCGGGUUGGAAACACGAGAACGUGCUCUACAGAACUUCUGGCAAGGGUUCGGCCCUCGUGAAGAAUACUUUUCAACUGAUACGACCGCGCGAUUUCGCCGAGAUAGAAGCGAUGAAGACUACGAAGGAGGUUUACAAGGAAAACACUUAUGCGAAUGUGAUAGAACCAUCUCUGUACGCGAAUGCUCACGUUCCUCCCGCCUCGCCAAAACAACAACCAGAUCCGACACGAUCUAAGGAUAUUUCGCAAAAUAGUAAUGUUAAAGUACCGUCCAAUAUUGUGAUCGAGAAUAAAAUUACGCUAAACGAAGAUGAGUUUUCAGAGGAAGACGAUAAUUCAAGAGAGAGGAACAUGAAUACCCUGGCUAUAAAUCGAUUGCUAAGAAAGCUGGAAGGGGCCAUCGCAUCAGGCCAUCAUCAGCAAGCUGCGGGAUUAGCGAAGGAAUUGGCAAGGCUCAAGAUCCAUUGUUCUGUGAUACGACAGCGUUCGGCGGCGCGUUUGAAGGAUCAGUCGAUUAAAGUCAAUAUGUAUAUCGAAGACAAACUCGCGCACCAAGGGCCUAUACCGCUUCAGCUGCCGACGGGAAUGACGGUGGCCGAACUCAAGACAAAGAUACAUACGGAAUUCGAGAUACCCACGAACGUGCAGCGAUGGAUCGUCGGGAAAAACUUGGCCGAUCGCGACGACGUUACGCUCAACGAAUUACACGCAGUGGAUGGCUUACCGGUGUUUCUUUACCUCGUAGCUCCUGAAUUGCAUAUCGACAAUGCGACGCAAGCGAGCAAAGCGCAAGUCGCGGAAGAUGAAGUUCCUGAGGAUUUGCCGCAAGAUCCGCCAGCGGUAGUCUUGCAAACAAUCGAAGAAAAUCAGGAAAUUAUCGAGAGAGAGGAUGUAACGUUAGCAACAAACGAGGAUCAGCGAGACACCGUGGAGAUAGACAUAUCGGAAGAUGUCAAGAUGGGACGAUACGAGGAAUUGAUAUCGUUGGAGAACUGGGACGUCAUUCCGAAUUCCGAGCCGAUCGAGUGCCCAAUAUGCUUCGUUACAUACGGGCCGCGCGAAGGUGUAAUUCUCAGGGACUGUUUACACAUGUUCUGCAGGCCAUGCAUUGCCAAUACAAUCGCGUACUGCGAGGAAGCCGAGGUGAAAUGCCCAUACAGAGACGCCGACUAUACGUGUGAAUCAACCCUUCAGGAACGUGAGAUCAAGGCGCUCGUCGAGCCGGAAGUUUAUCAGCAACACCUCGCGAAGUCGAUCGCGCAAGCGGAGAACAACGCUGGAAACAAGGCUUUUCACUGCAAGACACCGGACUGCCCUGGUUGGUGUAUUUACGACGAUGACGUGAAUAAUUUCCUGUGCCCCGUGUGUGGAGCUAAUAAUUGUCUUACCUGUCAGGUUGUUCACACUGGGAAGAAUUGCAAGCAAUAUCAGCAGGAGUUGCAACUUUCGAAAGAAACUGAUCAAGAAUCUAGAAGAACAGCAGCAAUGCUCAAGGAAAUGGUUGACAGAGGUGAGGCACUUGCCUGUCCGACAUGUGCCGUCGUUCUUAUGAAAAAAUGGGGUUGUGACUGGCUAGUUUGCUCAAUGUGUAAAACGGAAAUAUGUUGGGUUACCAGAGGGCCGCGUUGGGGUCCAGGAGGUAAAGGUGAUACAUCCGGUGGCUGUAAAUGUGGUGAAAAUGGAAUCAAGUGUCAUCCCCGUUGCAAUUACUGCCACUGAAGAAUUAUAAUUGCCAUGACAAUAAGUGAACAUGACAUUUAUGAUGACAAUAAGAUGUCUCUGAAAUGCUUUUAUAUCAUUAUUCGUAUUUGACACAUAACGAUUUACAGAUCUGCGAUGCGGCUUUUUAUAUGUAUUUAAUAUAAGUUCGACUCUGAUAAAACAGUGUGCAAUAGGAAUUACACGCUGUUUGCUCAAUGAUUAAUCCUUUUCUCUCACCGGCACUGGCCGUGACAGAAUUUUAGAUGGAAGGAAUUAGAAGUGAGAUACUAAUAAAAAGAAGCACACA